AUGGGUGCGCAAGGCCUCCGAGAAGGAGAGGUCGGGGAACAUCAAGUUCGAGAAGCAGUGUCCAAAAUGUUUGACAAGUAUCCUGGAGUGAAGCAUGCGGCCAUCACUGCUGGUCCCCAGGCCGCAUUUCUCUUCUCACGAGAUUCGGCGGUGCGCUACGACAUUCCCAAAGUUGACUGUCUGAACCCGAUUGGUGCUGGAGACACGGUGGCCGGGGUGCUGAUGGCUUCCUGGUGCUCAGGACUUGCCCAGGACUUCGAGGAGGCGAUGCUGUAUGGCUUGGCCUCGGCUACAGCAAAGGUGAAAGAGGAAGGUGAAGGUGGAAAGUUCGACAUCGAGGCAAUGCUGACGAUCAAGAAGGCGAUUUCAAUGACGCGCGCUUGA